UCCAAUUUCUUCUCAUGUUUUGUUUCGAGAAUCAAGAGCAAAAGAAUUAUGAAUUAAGAAAUUCUGCAAAAUAUUAAAGAAAAUGUCUCUUAGAAAAAUACUAUUCCUAACGCGUACGGCAUGCUGUAAAGUUGUUAAGCUUCAAACUACAAAUUUCUCAAGACAAAACAUUGUUCUGCUGUCGGCAAGUUCCACAAGAUUCUAUUCAAAUGAACAUUUAGGUGAUAAGAACAAAGAAAGUAAAGAGGGAGAGAAGGUAGACAUCUUGGGCCGAUUCUUCCCGCAGUCGCCUCCCGCCACCAAAGAUGCACAUGAGGUGCAAAAGGAACAGGAGAAGUUUGAGCAGGAGCAGAAGGAAAAGUCACAAGAAAAUGAGAAAAACUGGAGGCGUAUGAAAAUUGGAUUCGCAGCAUUUGGUGGUGCGUUGACUGUGAUGGGUGGUUGCCUUGUCAUCGAGAUGGGUGCCCCGAGACGCGGCGACGACGGUCAGCCAAUCGAAGACGAGUUUUCUCAUUUGCCUCUAGCACUGCAAUAUUUGAGGCGGACGUGGAAAGAACUUACAUUUUAUGAAAAGAUGAUAAAAGAGCCAUCUCGAGAGAAGCUACUGCCGGAUCCCUUGCCUGUACCUUACCAGCCCACAUACACCUUGGUGCUGGAAUUCACAGAUGUCCUGGUCCACCCUGACUGGUCAUAUCAGACUGGAUGGAGAUUUAAAAAGCGUCCGGGCGUAGAUCAAUUCCUGCAAACUGUAGCCAACUCGGACUACGAAGUGGUGAUAUUUACUUCAGAGAACGCGUUUAUGAUUUGGCCGGUGCUGGACAAGUUGGACCCGGAGAACAAACUGAUAUCAUACAGACUGUUCAGGGACUCUACGCAUUUCACCGACGGAGUACACGUUAAGAAUCUGGAGGGAUUGAAUCGUGAUUUGUCCAAGGUAAUAGUCGUCGAUUGGAAUAAACAAGCCACGCAGUACCAGCCCGACAACGCUCUGGUGUUGAACAAAUGGAAGGGGGACGAUGACGACACCGCUUUACUAGACUUAGCUAAUUUAUUACAAACGAUCGCGAUGUCCAACGUGAAGGACGUGCGCGACGUGCUGCGCUACUACAGCCAGUACGACGACCCCAUCGCGGCCUUCCGCGACAACCAGCGCCGCCUCAUGGAGCAGAUGGCCGAGCGCGAGCGAGAGAACAAGACGGACGUGCCGCUCGCUCGCUCUUGGCUUCGCCCCUUCACGCGCCGCUAGAUAGAACUAAAGAAAAACUAGCGCUCGAACGGAUCGCAACGCCAGCUUUUGUACAUACUUGUAUAACUUCACUUGUGGAAUAAAAUGUGAUUGAAAUUC